AUGGCGGUUCCAUCGGCGGUGACGUUACCGGCGUCGACGGUUUCAUUAUAUGUCGGAGAUUUGCAUCCCGAUGUCACCGACGGCACUCUCUUCGACGCUUUUAAUGAGUUUAAGGGAAUAUCGUCUGUUCGUGUUUGUAGAGAUUCGUCGACGGGAAGGUCUCUUUGUUAUGGCUAUGUUAAUUUCAGUUCUAUUCAGGAUGCACAUUUUGCAAUGGAGAAAAUGAAUCACAGCAUGCUUAAUGGGAAAAUGAUAAGGGUGACAUGGUCACUUAGAGAUCCUGAUGCAAGAAAAAGUGGAGUUGGAAAUGUGUUUGUUAAGAAUCUAAGUGAAUCAAUAGAUAGUGUGGGGUUACAAGAGUUAUUUCAAAAGUUUGGGAAUGUAGUAUCUUGCAAAGUUGCCACAUUUGAAGAUGGUAAAAGCAUGGGAUAUGGAUUUGUUCAAUUUGAAUCAGAGGAAUCUGCAAAUGCUGCAAUUGAAAGGCUUGAUAAUACCAUGAUUGGUGAUAAGGAAAUAUAUGUUGGGAAAUUUAUGAAAAAGUGUGAUAGGGUUCUACCAAGUCCUGAUGUUAAAUAUACAAAUUUGUAUGUGAAGAACUUGGAUCCAGAUAUCAAUGAAGAGGUUUUACAAGAGAAAUUUUCCGAGUUUGGGAAAAUUGCUUGCUUGGUUGUAGCAAGGGAUGAAAAUGGAACCUCGAGAGGUUUUGGUUUUGUGAAUUUCGAAUGUCCAGAGGAUGCUAAGAAGGCAAUGGAAUCGAUGAACGGAUCACAACUCGGUUCAAAAGUUCUAUAUGUAGCAAGGGCACAAAAGAAAGCGGAACGGGAGCAAAUAUUGCGGAAUCAGUUUGAGGAACGACGAAAGGAGCAGAUUAUGAAAUAUAAAGCUUCGAAUGUUUAUGUGAAGAACAUUGAUGAUGAUGUCACCGAUGAUGAGCUGAGAGACCUUUUCAGUCUAUGUGGUACGAUUACGUCUGCAAAACUUAUGCGAGAUGACAAAGGAAUAAACAAAGGUUUCGGAUUUGUCUGUUUCUCUGCUCCGGAGGAGGCCGCUAAAGCUGUCGGCACGUUCCAUGGAUAUAUGUUUCACCGCAAGCCAUUGUACGUCGCGAUAGCUCAAAGGAAAGAGGAUAGACAAGCACAAUUGCAACUUCAGUAUGCUCAACGUAUGCCUGGAUUAGCAGGGCCUUCAACAGUUGUUCUCCCGGGAGGGUACCCUCCGCUUUACUACGCAUCUCCAACCGGCAUUGUUUCACAAGUACCCCUAAGGCCCGGGAUGAUGCACCAACCUUUAGGUUUAAGGCCAGGAUGGAGAGCUAAUGGCUUUGCACCACCAACCAGACCAGUCUUUCAAUACUCAUCACUUCCCCUGUUCCCUACUGCUCCAAGACAAACCAGGCCAAACCGUCGUCAGAUGAACGGCAACACUCUUGGAGGUUCUCAUUCCGUUACAUACGCGCUGCAAUUGCAACCACCGAAUCAAACAGUGACUUCCUCAAAAGAUCAAAGUAAUCAACAGACUGGACAAGCUAAAUCUGUACCGAAUGGUCAAGCUCGAGAAGUGAACAAAGGGCCCGGUGGUGGUGCUGCUGCCGCAGCUUUGACACAAGGGACUGAGAUGCUGAGUAGUAUGCUUGCUGCUGCUUCACCCGAACAGCAAAAAACAAUACUUGGUGAAAGACUUUAUCCACUUAUUCAAAAGCACCAGCCUGAUUUGGUUCCAAAGAUCACAGGGAUGCUAUUAGAAAUGGACAAUUCAGAACUGUUGCUUUUAUUAGAAUCACCAGAAUCAUUAGCAGCUAAAGUGGAAGAAGCUGUGGGGGUUCUUAAGCUUUCAAAUGCUAAAGUGACAGGCCAAGAUGCCCUUCAUCCCAAUUUCCUUUCUGCUGGUGUUGCUGUCAAUUGAAACACAACAAAUAUAUGGCUGUCACAAGCAUUUCAAUGAUAGACUCCAUGGAUGUUCAGCUCUUGUUUUUUUUUUUUUUUCGUUUUAAUAUCUAAGUUUAAGUAGUGGACUUUCAAAAGUUUCUCAACAGCACUCUUUUUUUUUUUUAGUUUUUUCUUGU